AUGUUAAAUUUUAAAAAUAUACCAUUAUUGUUUUCAAAAAAAAUUUAUGGAAUUAAAACUGUGAAUAUUAAUUCCAUUUAUAAAAUAAAUAAAUUAAAUAUUAAUACUUUAAAUAAAUUUUUAGAUGUUUUAGAUUUUGAAGAAGAAGAAGAUAUUGAAUAUACACGUAUUGAUGAGCUCAGUAAAUAUAUUGAAACAGUUAAAAUAAACGAGGAUAUUUUUAAUAAAACUAAAUAUGUUGGAUAUGAUUUUACAGAUACAAAUAAUUUUUUUGAUAAGAAUGGUAAUAUAAAAAUAUAUUCUAAACAAGAUACAAAUAAAAAAGAUGCAAAAGAAUACAUUCAUGUUCCACCUUUUGUGUUAACAAAGUUAUGUGAAUAUGCAUUUAAAGAAAUAUUAUUUUUUUUAAAUAAAAAGCAUUUAAAUCAAUUACAGAAUAUAUUAUAUGAUAAAGAAUCCAGUAAAAAUGAUAAAUAUGUUGCUAUGACUUUAAUAAAAAAUGCUGUUAUAAGUUCAGAAAAGCUUUUACCAGGUUGUCAAGAUACAGGUACUGCAAUAAUUUUAGGAAAGAAAGAUGAAGAGAUAUUAACAACUUAUGACCACAAAUAUCUCAAUUUAGGCAUUUAUAAUGCUUAUAAAAAUAACAAUUUCCGUUAUAGUCAGUUAUCUCCUUUAAAUAUGUUUAACGAAGUUAACACAAAGAAUAAUUUACCUUCUCAAAUAGAGAUAUAUAAUAACAUUAAAAAGGAGAAAAAGGAAAACAGUAAUUCAUGUAUAAACGAAAAAUUAAAUAAAGAUCAUCGAAAUUAUUUAUAUGAUGGCCCGAAAUAUGAAUUAAUAUUUAUAGCUAAAGGAGGUGGAAGUGCAAAUAAAACUUUUUUGUUUCAGCAGACAAAAAGUAUAUUAAAUGAAGAUUCUUUGUAUAAUUUUUUAUUAGAUAAAAUAAAAGAAAUAGGUACAUCUGCUUGUCCUCCAUAUCAUUUAGCAAUAGUUAUUGGGGGAUUAUCAGCUGAAAUGAACUUAAAAAUGGUCAAAUUAGCAUCUUGUAGAUAUUUAGACAACAUAAAAAAAUAUGGAGGAGAAUAUGGAAAAGCUUUUAGAGAUUUAAAAAGUGAAAAAAUAAUUUUAGAAAAAAGUCAAAAAUUAGGUAUAGGUGCUCAAUUUGGUGGAAAAUAUUUUGUUCAUGAUGUUAGAGUUAUUAGAUUACCAAGACAUUCUGCAUCUUGUCCUAUUGGUAUAGGUGUUUCUUGUUCAGCUGAUAGACAAAUAAAAUGUUUUAUAAAUAAAAAUGGAGUAUUUAUGGAAAAAUUAGAACAUGAACCAAUUAAGUAUUUACCAGAAAUUACAUUUAAAGAUUUAAAUCAAGAUAAUGGAGUAAAAAUAAAUUUAAAUCAAGAUAUGGAAGAAAUAUUAGAAUGUUUAUCCAAAUAUCCCAUAUCAACUUUGUUACUUUUAACGGGUAAAUUAGUAGUAGCUAGAGAUACAGCUCAUAAAAAAAUUGUUGAUCAAUUUAUUAACGACAAUAUACCAAUACCAGAUUAUUUUAAAAAAUAUCCUAUAUAUUAUGCAGGACCAGCAAAAAAACCAGAUAAUUAUGCAAGUGGUUCAUUCGGUCCAACAACUGCUGGUCGUAUGGAUGUAUAUGCUGAAAUUUUGAUGAAAAAUAAAAGUUCAUUAAUAUCAUUAGCUAAAGGUAAUAGAUCUUCUGUAGUGAAAAAUGCAUGCAAAAAAUACAAUGGUUUUUAUUUAGGAAGUAUAGGAGGCCCUGGUGCAAUUUUAGCUAAAAAUAAUAUUAAGAAAGUGGAAGUUAUUGAUUUUAAAGAUCUUGGAAUGGAAGCUGUACAUUUAAUUGAUGUAGUUGAUUUUCCUGCUUUUAUUGUUAUAGAUAAUAAAGGGAAUGAUUUUUAUAAUCAAUGGAUACCAUAA